AUGAUUACUGGUCAGUGUCAUUUCAAGUCACUGUGCCCUAGUUAUCUCCCCGCUGAUCCUGGGAUCGAGGGUUGUUGUUUUGGUGACCGGUCGAGGACUGCUUGUCCCUCACCCUUUGUUGUUUCCCCCAUUCUUUCCGCUUCUUUGAUAGUACGGUGGCCAUGGCCGCCGAAUGUGUUGAGGAAGUUCGAGGUGACGGUGGUGGUACGUGCAAUCGAAGGGGUGGCGAUGGAUCAGAUGGGGACGGAGAUUUCGGGAGGUGCGGGAGUGAUGUCGGCGGAGGUGAGGUGGAAGGGGCCGAGGAUGAAGGCGCUGAGCUCGUUGAGGAGGAAGGUGAGGAGGAACUGCACAAGGGAGGAAGAGGUGAAAGGGGAGAAAGGGGGUGUGGAGUGGAACGAGGAAUUCGUGAGUGUGGUGGGGCUUACGGGGCAGAAGGAGAACGUGUUUUACCCGUGGGAGAUUGGGUUUGCCGUUUUCUAUGGAGUAAAGCAAGUGUUCAAGAACAAGUCAUCCAUUGUUGGAAUGACUUCUUUGAAUCUCGCUGAAUACGCUUCUUUGUCUGGAGAAGAGUUUGAGCUAAACCUGCCGUUGUCAAUACCAAAUGCUAAUCCUGAUUCGCCACCGAUACUUCAUUUGACUCUGAAAUUGCUGGAAUGUAGAAGCUGCCCUGAAUCACCAGAGAUUGUGCAGAGGCAUGUCGUUCCAGCUCCCUUGUCUCCUCCACCUGGAGAUGCUUCUUAUGAGAAAGAUGAAAGUUUGGCUCAGGAAGCUGGGUUGAGGAAAGGAAAGAUAUUUACAGAGCCUAUUUCUGCUAGGAAGUCAAAAAAGACAUUCCGAGAAGAUGAAGGUAGCGAUGGAAGGUAUUCUGCUGGUAGCGAAGAUGCUGACUACAACUACCAAUUUGAUUCAGAUUCCAUGGAUGAUAAUCCUGAUGAAGAACUUGAAGAUAGAAAAGGUGAUUCUAUUAUAAGAAAGUCAUUCAGUUAUGGUUCACUUUCAAAUUCAAACUUUGUUGAUGGUGUCAUUUCUUGUGAGACAAAUUUUAAUGGAGAGUAUGAAGAUUGUGUCUAUCAUAAUCGCCGUCGAUCUGAUGUUGAUUAUUCGCCUGUUGAGGAGACGGCACCGUCCGUUACAGAGCAGCAAUUUAUUUCACAGUCCACUAAAAGAAGCAUACUUCCUUGGAGAACGAGGAAAUAUAAAUCUCCCAAGGCCAAAGGUGAGCCUUUGUUAAAGAAGGCUUAUCGAGAAGAGGGAGGAGAUGAUAUUGACUAUGACCGACGUCAAUUGACUUCCUCUGAUGAAUCUUUCUCUGGAAUGGGGCACAAGGCUGAUGAUGAUCAAUCAGUUCAUCAUUCAUUUGCAUCAGACUUUGGUGAUGACAAUUUUGCCGUGGGAAGCUGGGAGUCGAAAACUCUCAUAAGUCGUGACGGAAAACUUAAGCUCUCCACGAAGGUUUUCUUCGCCUCGAUUGAUCAGAGAAGCGAGCGAGUAUCCGGUCAGAGCGCGUGCACUGCUCUGGUUGCCAUCAUUGCGGACUGGUUCAACUCAAACCGCGACGUCAUGCCUAACAAAUCCCAAUUCGACGCACUAAUUCGAGAAGGCUCUCUGGAAUGGCGGAAACUGUGCGAGAACCAGACAUACAGAGAGCAGUUCCCCGACAAGCAUUUUGACCUCGAGACAAUCAUCCAAGCGAAGGUUCGUCCUCUGUCCGUCGUCCCCAACAAGUCCUUCGUUGGAUUCUUCCAUCCAGAAGGAUUUAAAGACAACAGAGGACUCGAGUUCCUGCACGGCGCCAUGUCCUUCGACGACAUAUGGGACGAAAUUAACUCGUCCGGGUCAUCCGAUUGCCUCUACAUAGUUAGCUGGAACGAUCAUUUCUUCGUCCUUAAGGUCGAGCACGAUGAAUAUUUCAUCAUAGAUACGCUCGGCGAGAGACUUCAUGAGGGAUGUGACCAGGCUUAUAUUCUGAAGUUCGAUCAAAGCACAGAAAUUAAAAGGAUUUCCAAUCAAAAGACUGCUGAUGCUGAUGCUGAUGCAGAUGCAGAAGCAGAAGAAAGCAAAGAGGAGGCCAUUGAUGAGGAGGACUUGAUUUGCAGGGGGAAGGAGUCCUGCAAGGAAUACAUCAAGAGCUUCCUGGCUGCUAUUCCUAUCAGGGAGCUUGAGGCUGAUAUCAAGAAGGGAUUCAUGGCUUCUGCUCCGCUUCACCGUCGCCUGCAGAUCGAGUUUCAUUACACCGAGGCAAGGAACGACAUAAUAAACCUGGCUAAGAUCUCGCCAUUACCUUUUUUUGAAUCGGCGAGCCAGAUUUCAGCAAUGCCUUCGUCAGCUCUGUUAGCUGUAUAGAGUAUCAUCAAUUAGCCUUUAGCCUGCGUUUCUAGGUUCUGCCAUUGUAAAUAAAAAAGAUGUAUUUAACUUUCUGUGGCCCUCCUUGACCAUCUGUAAUCUGCUGGAAGGAAUAAUAAUUGUCUGUGAUGUGGGUGGGGCUCCUAUUAAUGCCAAUGUUGUUAACAAAAGCUUAAUUAUAUGAAAUCAAAACUAUAUGGUUUA